AUAUCGAAACUGUUAUCAUGGAACUGUGCUGGGAAAAGUUAUCUUCGUACAAGCAGGAUAGUAUCUGGUCGUGGUUUAUUUGUUUCUUUACGGCGAUAUGCAUGAUCCUUUCAGUUGGAUUCAGCUUUGCUCUAGGCGUUCUCUUUCCAGUUUUUAUGAAUUACUUCGACGAAAACCGUGAGAAAACGGCAUGGGUUUCAUCUAUAAUAAUAGGCGCCAUUUGUUUCCUUGGUCCUGUUUCGAGUACAAUCCUGAACAGAUUUGGUAUUCGUGUCACAACCAUUUUGGGUUGCUUGUCGUGUGCCGUAGGCCUUGCACUGGGUUCAUUUGCUCCAAACAUCACCAUUCUCUACGUUACCUUUAGUUUGCCUUUUGGUACAGGGGUAUCGGCUAUCUACGUUGUUUCGCCAAUCAUUGUGUAUCAGUACUUCCUUAAAAAACGGUCGUUUGCUCUUGGAAUUGUCGCCGCUGGGCAAGGAAUGGGGACAAUGAUUCUCGGACCUACUCUACAAGCCUUAGUUGAUGUUUUUGGUUGGAAGAACUCUUUCCGUUUGUUUGCUGGGAUUUUAGCUGUUGCGUCACUUACUGGAGUCAUUCUUCAUCGCAAAAGUACAUCUUCAGUGUUCGGAGAAGAAGACGAGGCUCGUGGAAAGAAAUUUGGAUUUAACCUUUGGUUGUUAAGGGAUCCUGUCAUCAUCACAAUUGUGCUAAGAAAUGGACUUACCGUAUACACUCGUCUGGUGCCAUACGUACACAUAAUAAAGUAUUGUGAUGAUCUCGGUAUUCCAGCUGACAAAAGCUCCCUUCUGUAUCUAUUUAUGGGCAUUUUCGCCACCAUCGGACGUCUUGGGGGAGGAUUUUUGUGCAAUCUGAGAUUCAUAAAGGCCCGAUUUCUCCAUCAAGCCGUGUCAUUUGUGACCGGGGUGUCUACAAUGCUACUUCCCUUGGCAACUACUUAUGCUGGACUGAUUGCUUUCGUCAUUAUAUUCAGUGUCGCAGAUGGAAUUAUGAUAACAACCAUCAUAAUCGAAUGUAUGGAAUCCGUUGACGAAUCGAAAAGGGUCUCAACGUUUGGGUUUUUAUUAAUGGCUGCGGGUGUAUUUGCUUUGGGUAGCCCACCCCUAUCAGGGUUUAUGGCAGAUAAGUUUGGUAACUACUUUGCUGCGUUUCUUAUGGCUGGUGGAGUGGCGAUUGUUGCCAGUCUCAUCCCAUUUCUUCUCAUUUGUGUUAAACAAGAACAAAAGAAAAACUUUGUUGAUGACGUUGAAGAGACAGUGCACUCAGGCCAAUUAGAGGGUGUGGACGACACCGAACUGAAGUCUAAGAGUUGGUCUCAGGAUUCAAUAUCUACGAUUGGUAGAGAUCGUCUAAGGUCUUCCUCCUUUGCUACAGCCAUGAAUAGUCCGAUGUUUUAGGGAGGAACCUUAUUUGCACUCUUUUGUUGUGUUCAUGUGUUUCACAAAGUGAAUUAGAAUUUACACAUCGUGCACUGAUUCGUAUGAAGAGUGGAAUACCUAACAGCACCGCUCGAACGGAAAUCGAUAUUUGUUACAUGAGGCUGAAAACGUUAAAAGGGGCGAAAGGCCCAAGAAACGGCGUUUUUUACAUCUCUCCCAUUGAUAUACGCGAUUUUAAUAGGUGCCAUUUAAAUGAUCAAAGGUAAAGAGCUGGUGAUUAGGUCAGAUUAGAGUGGACAAUAGAUGAACUCUGCGGUUUUGUGUGCCGCGCCGACCACAAGCUAAAGAGUAAUCCAUCGAUAAACAAACGUUUA